AGUCCAAUGCGCAGUUUUAAAAAGUUAUAGUUGCGCAUGCUCUGUGGUCUUUUUUUGCGCGGGAAAAUAAAUUUACGUGAAAAAUGUGUGAGACUGUGACCAAUUUAUUGAAAAUUAAUUAUAUUAGUUUAAUAUAAUUAUGCUAAAGUGGAAAAUAAGUUUAGUUUAUUUUAUUAUCAAAAUAAUCAGUAAUUAAAAGAUGCAUUUAAAGCUAGAUCCAAGGCGAUUAGCCGGUCGGUUGUUCCCGAUAGUCGGCUGGUCGAGGAGUUACGACCUGCGAACAGGGAUCGGGGAUUUAAUAGCGGGGAUCACUGUGGCGCUUACGCUGAUACCACAGUCGAUCGCGUACGCUUCGCUUGCUGGAUUUGAACCACAGUAUGGCUUGUACGCGUCAUUCGCUGGUGGGUUCGUCUACGGUGUUAUGGGAACAAUACCACAAGUAAACAUUGGUCCCACUGCAUUACUCUCCUUAUUGACGUUUACUUAUACUAAUGGAACUAAUCCAGAUUUCGCCAUACUCCUAUGUUUUAUUGGCGGUAUCGUACAACUCAUCGCUGGGAUCUCACAACUCGGAUUUCUGGUUGAAAUUGUAUCGACACCGGUUGUAUCUGGAUUUACUUCGGCCGCGGCCAUAACGAUCGCGUCCUCGCAGAUAAAGGGCCUGUUGGGACUCAAGUUCGACGCCGAGACUUUCAUAGCCACUUGGAAAGGGGUCUUCCACAAUAUCGGGAACACGAGGAUGCAAGAUACUCUACUUGGCCUCUCGUGCUGUAUUGUACUGAUGGGCAUGAAGGCAUUAAAAGACAUCCAUAUCAACGAUGAAAAGGGUGGGAAAAACAGCGUGAUAGUAAAGCGAACACUUUGGUUCGUGGGCGUUUCUAGAAACGCGGUUGUUGUCGUCAUUGCCUCUGUGCUGGCUUUCUUCUUGCACCAGGACAAGAAUAACCCUUUUAUUUUAACUGGAAACAUAACACCAGGUUUACCAAAACCCCAAGUGCCUCCAUUCCACUCAACUAUAGGCAACACCACUGUGAGUGCUGGCGAGAUGUUCUCACAACUGGGAACUGGUCUGCUGGUGGUCCCACUUGUGGGGGUAAUAUCUAAUGUGGCGAUUGCCAAGGCAUUUUCGAAAGGCAAAGCGUUGGACGCGACUCAAGAGAUAGUUGCUCUAGGCGUUUGCAAUAUUAUCGGUUCGUUCUUCCGCUCGUUCCCCGUGAACGGUUCCUUCACGCGGAGCGCGGUGAGCGACGCGUCGGGAGUUAGGACUCCUGCGGCUGGGUUUUACACUGGUAUGGUGGUAUUGUUAACACUAGGACUUCUAACUCCAUACUUCUAUUUUAUACCAAGAGCGGCAUUAGCAGCUGUUAUAGUUUGUGCAGUUCUGCAUAUGGUUGAUUUGGAUAUAUUGAAGAAAUUAUGGAAGACCAACAGGUUGGAUUUAAUACCCUUAGUGGGUACAUUCAUCUGCUGCCUCUUGCUCGGGAUAGAAGUGGGCCUGGGCUGCGGGGUGGCCAUUGACGUACUGCUGCUGCUUUACUAUCAGUCCCGCCCGAUGUUGGAUAUACGAUACGUUAACGACGGCAAUCUCCCGCCUCACUACGCAAUGCAUCCAAUCGGUGGGUUACACUUCGCUAGCGCUGAAAGAGUUCGCUCAAAGUUAAUUUCACUUAAGAACUAUAACGUAGAACAGAGUGCUGUGGAAAUUGUAACGGUUCCACCUAAUUCCUUAGUUCCGAAUGGGACUUUGGUCGUCGAGCCCAGGGUCUGGCCCAGAAUGCUGAUCAUUUACUGUGAUGCUCUCACACGGGUUGAUUUUACGUUUUUACAGAGCAUCAAAAUGCUUGUACAAGAGUGGUCACACAACGGCCAUGUAUUGUGGUGCGACGCGAAACCCUUAAUAAAGGAACAGCUAGAGAACGUCAUACCAGAUCCAUUAUUCUGUGAUAGUGACCAGUUAAGGAACUUAUUGUUAAGAAUACCCCCAAUACCACAAACGGGUCCGAUCAGUGAUACUUACUUAUAGUUUAGAUUUUUGUGAUAUAAAUGCCUCAUAGUAGUACAUUGAUGAAUGUUGCAUACCUAGUAUUAGAAAAUCUUUCAUUUUGUCAGUAUUGGUUUAAUUUCCUUUAUAAUAUUAUUAUAAAUUUUCUGGUUAAUAUUGAAACAGAAAGUAUUAAUAUAUUUUUUAACAAAUCCUAUGAUCUGGAAUUGGUAAAUUUACUUAGGAAUAUAGUUCAAAUCUUAAAGAAAUUUUCUUCAAAGGAUAUUGGGAAGAUUCAAAAUUGUAUAUUUUUAUUUGAGAAAUAAAAGUAAAUUUGUAUUACCAUAAGUUACCUAAGGUAUAUAAAAACCGAUUGAUAAGCGAUAUACAUGUUAUCUGUUUAAAUUAUUCAAAUCACAAGAUUUACUCUAUAUAACUUAAAAAUUGUUAUAGAACCUGUGUUUUUUGUGUAUUAAUUUAAGUACAAAACAUUAACUAUUACUUUAUUUUUGCAAAACAUUUCCUUAAAACAUAGAAGGUAAGAAUUUACAAUAGUACCUAGAUAGUAAUAUUUAUGUACCUAGUUAGAAUUCAGUAGAUAGUGUAGUUUAAUUGUGACGAACCAAGUUGUGAGCUUGUUUAUCUGGCACUAUCUCGACUCAGGUGUGACUGAAUUAUAUUAGUGUUACUUGUUCAGCCGUUUUCGAAUAAUUUACCGUUCAACAAACUGUCUUCGUUGAAAAUGCAGAUCAUCAUUUGCUAUACGAAUAAGGAUUAAUUUAUUAUCUGUGUGUUUAUUUUAUCUGUGCCUAGAUGAAAAGUUGUUACUAUUGUAUUUUGUUUUGUUGAUUUAGUUUGUCCUAUGUUUACUGUGAUGUAGUUACCAUGAAUUGAUUAAUAAAGACAAAGAAAUAA